ACAACCUCAACAUUUGUCAUCUUCUCCAGCUUCCCCUCUUUUGGUGGAAUCUAACCAUUCUCACUGACUUUGUCUCUAUUAACUCAACAUAUAAUAAUAGAGAUAGAGAGGGACCAAUCAAGUUUUGAGAUAGGCUGAAACAUUCACAAGCAAUUGUCUCAUUUCUAUAUAUUUCUUCACCACCCUUUCUUAUCUUUAAACUCACCUCUUCUUCUCCUUGAUGAAACCAUGUCACACACUUCACUAGCUUCCACUUCUUACUCUUCCUCAUCUUCUUGCUACAUUGCACCUCAUGAUCAUCGAAAGCCUGGCCUUAAUUCGAUACAGGUACUUGUGAGCAAGAUAAAUGAGUACUUGGAUGAGUUUAUAGGGGAUGAUAAGGCAAGAAAGAAUGUGAAACAUAAAUGUGGUUCCAGGCUCAAGACUGGAAAACAAGAAUUCUUUGAGUUCUCAGAGCAGUCGAUCAUAUCGAAUCUUUACUGGGGGAUCGAGAGCAUUGAGGCCGCGAUUCAGGCUAAGGAUAAUGCAGAAGAGAGGGUUGUCAGGCUUAAAAAUGCAGAGAAAAUGCUGCAAGUGCCAGCUUUGCUUAGUGAGCAUGGAGUCACAGCUGAAAUCCGGAACUGUUAUUUGGUUUGUUGUUCGUAUUUUUAUCUUUCAUUGGUUCGCAAGCUGCAGAAUGAUGAGUGGCAAGUGGCUAUACAUUUUCUUCAAGCCCUGAUGGUGUCACCUAUGAUUGUCUUUAAGGAUUUUGCUCCUAAGUUGUGCACGAAUAUUUUCGAGUCAUGCAGUGUGUCCGGGGUGAAUGCAAGAACAAAAUCAGGGGCAAUGAAUCAUGUCAGUUGUGAAGGUGAAAUUGGUGAGGGAUUGAGAUUGGUGGCAAAGCAAUAUAAGGGGUGGUUAAUGUAUUAUCAGGUCAUGUUUUAUGGAGAUGCAUCGCGUAGUCGCAGAGUUUCUGCUACUUUCCCUGAUAAUUAUAAUAAAUCUGAGAAUUCACUAAAUAUGAAGUCCAGUUCGGAAUCUUCACAUCCACCAGAACGUGAAUGCAGCCAGCAGGCUUACAGUAACUUUGAAAAGGUGCAUCCCCUUGACACUCUAGAAAAAGUACCAAUUGCUUCAGCAGAAGAGUCCAAAGUGUCCACAUACUUAAGGAGCCUCCUAGUUGAUGAUAGGAGCAGAACUUCAGAUAUCAGAUGUCUUCGAGACAUUCUUAAGGAAUCCCAAUCGAGCACACCAGUAUCCUCAAGUUCAAGAACUGAUUUUAUAGAUGAUGAUGAUCUUCAGGAAUAUGCAGAGGCUUCUGAGGCCUCGUUCGGAUUAGAAAGAACAGUUUCAGGCAAUCCAGAAGAAGUUUCUGAUCAGAAUCGCCAAUCUCCUAGCUCAUCAAUCCAUAGGUGGGAUGCAGUAAUUCGCAGAGAAGACAUGACUAUAUUUGGUUCUGGAACAUUCUCUAGCUCACUCAGAAACUUAAACUUAUCCCAGUUGGAAGCCGGAUUAUUUGAAUCACAUACUUUUUUAAACAGCCACAUGGAAGAAGAAACGUCUCGUAGAAGGAUGCAUCUACAAGAUUUUGAACAAACAGAUCAAAUAGGAUCUGCAACAUUGCAGAACUACUAUUAUUCCCAGGAGUAUCCUCCAGGAAAUUCAGCAAGAAGAAAGAAAAAGUUUAGUUCUGAAAACAGCAUUGAUGAGAUUUUUCUACAUCCUGAAGAGAACUCCCAUAUUGAACAAGUGGGGGUACUUGAGAAGCUAAUUUCCAAGCUAUGCUUCUCUGAAAACCUGGGAGAGGAGGAUUACACAGUCGAAAUUACAACAGUUUAUGAGAUCUUAAGCAAAAAAACAGGAGCUAAAUAUUCUAUGCUAAAGGAUAUAAUCAUAGAUCAGCUGCUCAUGGCAAUUUCAACUUCCAAAGAAGAAGGGGUUAUAAGAACAUCAGUUUCUAUACUUUCUACAAUCAUUUCAGUGAACAAGUCUGUUGUAGAGGAUAUAAAAAAGAAGGGAUUGCGUUUAUCAGAUUUGGUAACUGCUUUGAAAAGGAAUGUUUACGAGGCUGCCACACUAAUCUACUUUGUCAAUCCAUCUCCUGCAGAGAUAAAUAAUUUAGAACUUUUACCAGUUCUUCUUGAAGUUAUCUGCAGUUCAAACAGUCAGAAAUGUAGUUUAAGUUCACCUAAGCUGACACCACCUGCAGCAUCACUGAUGAUUAUUGAAGUUUUAAUCACUGCAUGUGAUUAUGCGACAAACAACAUGCACUUGGAGGCAAUCAGUUCACCAAGAGUGCUAUGUGGACUACUAAACGCACCAAAGCAAAAUAAUCUCCAAGAGUUUAUCUCUUUGGCUGCUGUUCUUGUUAGAUGUAUGCGGUUUGAUGGAAAAUGCAGAAAGCAAAUAUCGCAAUUCACUCCAAUAGCUCCAGUCAUUUCUCUCCUGUUAAGUGAGCAUAAGCCUGCUAUAUAUGCUGGAUUAGAGUUUUUCAAUGAAAUACUUCGCAUUCCAAGGACAUCAGCGAUUAGCCUACUGCAGCUUGUAGAAAAAGAAGGACGAACCAAUGAUAUUCGUAAAUCACUGCUCCAGAUAUUACAAUCACAGCCUGAGCACAAACUGUUAGCAGCAAAUCUGUUGCUCCACUUUGAAAUGUUGGAAGAUUUGUCUGGUACAAGUAUAUAUUGCACAGAGGCCAUGGAAAUCAUCCUUGAAACAAUGGCAUGUGAUGAAACUCCUGCCACACAAAAGAACUCAGCAUUCAUUCUAUCAAACCUAGGUGGAACCUAUGCUUGGACGGGCGAACCAUAUACAGUAGCAUGGUUAGUAAAGAAGGCUGGUUUGAGUUCAUUGCAUCACAAGAAUAUAAUAAGAAAGAUUGAUUGGUCAGACCAAAGCAUACAAGAUGCUGGGACAGACACUUGGUCCAGCAAAAUUGCAAGACACAUCAUAAAGUUUGGAAAACCUGUUUUCCAUGCUUUGGUAAAAGGAUUACAGGGCAAUUCAAAGAGGAUUGCUCGAGAGUGUCUCAUUACGCUAGCAUGGCUUGGGUGUGAGAUUGUGAAAACCCCAAAUGACUUGAGAUAUUCAGCUUGUGAGAUUUUACUUGAUUCCAUUGAGCAAUAUGUGCAUCCUGGACUGGAACUUGAAGACAGACUUCUAGCAUGUCUAUGCAUAUAUAAUUAUGCUUCUGGUAGAGCAAUGCAGAAGCUAGUUCAUUUCUCUGAAGGAGUCAGAGAGUCUUUAAGACGCUUAUCAAGUAUAACCUGGAUGGCUGAGGAAUUACUCAAAGUAGCUGAUUAUUUGCAACCAGAUAAAUGGAGAAUAUCUUGUGUUCAUACACAAGUUCUGGAGAUGGGCAAUAACAGCAGUGGAUCAGUAAAUGCACUCAUCUACUUCAGAGGAGAGCUGUAUAGUGGAUAUGCAGAUGGUUCGAUCAAGGCCUGGGAUAUCAAGGGACAGAGUGCCACUCUUGUAAGAGACAUCAAGGCGCAUAAAAAGGCAGUGACAUGCUUUUCACUUUUUGAACCGCAGAAUUGCCUCUUGACUGGAUCGGCUGACAAAACCAUCCGGAUGUGGCAAAUUAUUGAGCAGAAACUAGAGUGCAUUCAAGUAAUAGCAGCAAAAAGCUCAGUUCAAAGUUUAGAUACAUCUGGCAAUAUGAUUUUUGUUGUUACUCAAGGUAACAAUAUGAAGGUGUUUGACACAUCUAAAAAGGACACAGAUGUUUACAAGAAGAAAAACGUCAAGUGCAUAAACGCGAAAGAAGGAAAAUACUACUUAGGUUGCCUGGACUCAAGCUUACAGGAGGUGACUCUAAUAAACAACCGUCAUCAAGAGCUAAAAGCGCCUAUUUGGAGCUGGAGGAUUCAACGAAAAUCAAUAAACUCAAUUGCACUAUAUAAAGAUUGGUUAUAUAGUGCAAGUUCAGUUGUUGAGGGUUCCUCUGUCAAAGAAUGGAGAAGAAACAGCAAACCCCAAAUGUUAAUAGUGCCAGGAAAAAGUACAACCAUAACAGCAAUGAGAGUAGUCGAGGACUUCAUCUACUUGCAAUGCAAUUCAUCAGCCAAUAGUCUUCAGAUAUGGCUGAGAGGUACACAACACAAAGUUGGAAGACUAUCAGCAGGUAGUAAGAUAACUAGCCUGCUCACAGCAAAUGACAUGGUUCUCUGUGGUACUGAGACUGGACUCAUUAAGGGCUGGAUCCCCCUAUAGCUGAAGAUUGAGGUGCAGAAAGAAGGGUUCUAUUCUACCAUAUUAAAUUGCAGUAUAGCUACUCCUUUUCCUCAAGUUGAUACAAUAUAAAAAAGUUACACAAAAAAGUAUAGGACAGAUGUACAUUAGUUGCAUAGUGUUUCUGUUUCACCCUUGUAAAUUGGAAAGGUGAAUUGUGAAAUUGUGUAAAUCAACGGUAGCUCUGUUUUUUAGCUACAAAACUCCAGUGGUACAACUUUGUUUGUUUUCUCAUUUCUAAGUUUUCAUUUUGAUAUAUAUGUUUUUUUGUCA